AUCACUUCCUGGACAAAAUGGAGAAAAUUAAAUUUCUCAAAAUCUGCGUAUAUUUUGUUGUUUUUCUUCACUUAAAGAAUGUAUCUGGUAGAAUCCACACACUUACCAUAAAGAAUGACCAGAGAAAGGAGUUUGACAUUUCGACAUUUGGUUUUCUGGUUGGAGGGCAUUUAUCAAUAGAAAUCAAAGACUUUCAAUUUGAGAAGUUUGGAGAUGACAGUGAUCAUAAUGUGGAUAACAUGUUUGGCUUCACUCUUGAUAAAACUACAAACUCCGGGUUAUCUCCAUAUUUGGAAAACAAGAAUGAGAAAUGCAUCCUACUUGACAAGAACAUGAAGUCUGAUGGCUCAGUGUCAGUGAAAUUCUUCAAGUUGAACUUCAGCAACAAAGAGUUAACUGUUGAGAAUUAUGGCAAAGACUUGGAGGAGCUACUCAUAUUACAGUCUAACUUCACAGAAUAUUCUAGACAAGGCAGACACAGGAGGGAAGUUGAGCUUUCCAAUGGUAUAAUUCUAAACAGAUAUAGGAGAGAUGAUAAAGGUGUAAAUAAAGAAGAUGUUCAAGAAAAUGGAACAGCAGAGAAAGACAAAGAAGAAGACACAGAAACAAGUGAUGCAGAAGAUAACAAAAAAGAAAAUUAUUUGACGAAAUUAGCUUCAUAUAAAUCAAACACUUCACCCUCACUCAUAAAAUAUGUUACUGAAAAAUUGCCUGGAAAUGGUAAUGAAAAAAAUACUGAUGAGGCUGAAAAGAAAAUGGAGAAUGGUGAGACUGAUAAGAAAAUGGAAAAUGGUGAGACUGAUAAGAAAACAGAGAAUAGUGAGACUGAAAAGAAAACAGAGAAUAGUGAGACUGAAAAGAAAACAGAGAAUAGUGAGACUGAAAAGAAAACGGAAAAUGGUGAGACUGAAAAGGAAACGGAAAAUGGUGAGACUGAAAAGAAAACGGAAAAUGGUGAGACUGAAAAGAAAACAGAGAAUGGUGAGGCUGAAAAGAAAACAGAAAAUGGUGAGACUGAAAAGAAAAUGGAAAAUGGUGAGACUGAAAAGAAAACGGAAAAUGGUGAGACUGAAAAGAAAACAGAGAAUGGUGAGGCUGAAAAGAAAACAGACAAUAGUGAGAAUGACAAGAAAACAGAGAAUAAUGAGACUGAAAAGAAAACGGAGAAUGGUGAGGCUGAAAAGAAAUUAGAAACUGAUGAGAAUACUAACAGUGGACCUGUCUCUAAUUCCCCCAUUCCUCUUAUUGAAAAGGAUGGCAAAUACAGUGGCCAUUUCACAGUUGUGAUCAAAUCUCCAACUGAGGAGGGUCUUUACAACUUGUUCUUCCACAACUGUCAGAACUACAACAAGAGAAAGAAGCUCAUCAACUUUACGAUUCACAUUGAAGAAGCCAAUGAGGGGAACUACCUCUCUGCAGGACAUAUUCCUUUGCCAAUAUUCUACUUCGUCAUGUGUUUGGUGUUUACAGCCACUGGCCUUCUCUGGCUAUAUGUACUCCGACAGUCAAAGGAGAAUGUAUUUAAGAUUCACUAUCUGAUGCUUGCUCUCUGCUUUAUAAAGGCUGUAGCUUUGCUGUUCCAUUCAUUGAAUUAUCAUUUCAUAGCAGUGAAUGGGCACAGAGAGGAGGCAUUUGCAAUCAUAUACUACAUAACACAUUUGUUAAAAGGAGCAGUAUUGUUUAUCACUAUUGUGCUGAUAGGUGCUGGUUGGGCAUUCAUCAAACAUAUCCUCUCUGACAGAGACAAGAAGAUAUUCCUUAUUGUCAUACCUCUGCAGAUCUUGGCGAAUGUUGCUCAGAUCAUUAUAGAAGAAACAGAGGAAGGGGAAUCUCAAUAUACAACGUGGAAGGAAGUCCUUAUUCUAGUGGAUCUCCUUUGCUGUGGUGCUAUAUUAUUCCCAGUUGUAUGGUCUAUCCGUCACCUUCAAGAAGCUUCCCACACUGAUGGUAAAGCUGCUAUCAAUCUCGCUAAGUUGAAGCUAUUCAGACAUUUUUAUAUUAUGGUGGUGUGUUAUAUUUACUUCACUAGGAUCAUAGUUUACCUUUUAAAGAUAACUGUUCCAUUCCAAUAUGAAUGGUUGGAUGAGUUGUUCAAGGAACUGGCAACAUUUAUUUUCUUCUUCACCACGGGAUACAAGUUCCGCCCCGCCAGUAACAAUCCCUACCUACAAGUCCCACAGGAGGAUGAGGAUCUAGAAAUGGAUGAAGUAUUAACUCAGUCUGGUGCUUUGGAAUCUGUUACCAAGGUGACAAAGACAGCUAGCAAGAUGGAAACUGAUUUUAAGAUGAAACAGCGAGAGAGUAGCCACGAAUAUGACUAA